GGCCUCUGCGGAGCGCCUGAUGCCGCGGGGAUUCCGCCUCUUUCCCCGCUCACAACAUGGAUUUCAACGUGAGGAAACUCGCUGCAGAUGCUGGAAUAUUCUUUUCACGGGCUGUUCAGUUUACAGAGGAGAAACUGGGACAGGCUGAGAAGACCGAGCUGGACACUCACUUUGAGAAUCUGCUGUCCAGAGCUGACUGCACCAAAAACUGGACCGAGAAAAUCUACCGACAGACUGAAGUUGUGCUUCAGCCAAACCCUGGGGCUCGCAUCGAAGAGUUCCUGUUUGAAAAGCUUGACCGGAAGGUUCCACCGCGGCCCACUAAUGGAGAGAUCUUAGGCCAGUUCAUGCUGGAGGCAGCGAAGGAGUUUGGACCGGGAACCCCAUACGGAAGCACCCUGAUCAAAGUGGGCGACUGUCAGAGGAGACUGGGCGGCGCUGAGAGAGAGUUUCUGCAGACCUCAUCCAUUAGCUUCCUCACACCCUUACGCAACUUUCUGGAGGGCGACUGGAGGACCAUUUCUAAAGAGCGGAGACUCCUGGAGAAUCGGCGCUUGGAUCUUGACGCCUGUAAAGCACGUCUCAAGAAGGCCAAAACAGCAGAGGCCAAAGCAGCUGCUGUUCCAGACUUUCAAGAGACCAGACCGUGUCAUUAUGUGCUGUCUGCCAGUGCAUCUGCGCUCUGGAACGAGGAGCUUGAUAAAGCAGAGCAUGAAUUGUGUGUUGCUCAGACAGAGUUUGACAGACAGGCUGAGGUCACCAGACUCCUCCUGGAGGGCAUCAGCAGCACACACGUGAAUCAUCUGUGCUGCCUGUGUGAGUUUGUGGAAGUGCAGGCGAUGUAUUACAGCCAGUGUCACAAGUAUAUGCAGGAGCUGCAGAAAGAGCUGGGCAGUUCCAGUGGAGACAUAAGAUCCCCUCACUCAUUGGAGGUGAAUUCCCACCCCGCCGGCAGCCCAACAGACCCGUCUGCGUUCCUGCCACUGAACUCUCCAUCUCCGCUGGAAACAGACACUCUGCAGAUUGAAGAAGUUCAGCCGCCCGCCAGCGGCACACGCAAGGCUAAAGUGCUGUAUGACUACGACGCUGCAGACUCCAGUGAGCUCUCGCUGCGGGCCGAUGAGCUCAUCACUGUGUACACAGUGCCUGGAAUGGACUCUGAUUGGCUGAUUGGAGAGAGAGGAAACCAGAAGGGGACAGUGCCUGUUACAUAUCUGGAGCUGUUGAGCUAAAGAGGCGAGACACACACACACACACACACACAGUUUCCACUCUUAACACUCAGCAAUGAGCAAAUAGAUUCAUGGACAAUUAUGAGAUCAACCCAUGUGUGCAUCUAUUUACUGAAAAGCAAAUAUUGUGUGUUUUCAUGCAUGUCAAGGAGAUACUGAUUGACUUGGCUUAAUUUUUCUGUUUGAUUUUAAUAUUAACCCUUUAGGCGCCAGGGAUUUUUGGAAAAAUGCUGGAUUUUGACAUUAAGAUUUCAGAAGCUUGUGGCUUAAAAUGGCUUAAAGAUAGAGAUCUACUGUAAAUUAGAAAAAUGU